AUGGAUUUUAAUUUUAUUGACGAAAAUAAUAAUGAGCUUAAUCAUUAGCGAUAAUAGAAUGCCUAGUAAUAAAAUUAAGAGGAAAUUAAGAAAUCUUAAUUAGAAGAUAGACUAUUAAAAUAUUUAGAAGAGCUCGAAUUGAGAAAUGUCAGCUCAAUUUAAGGAGAAAUUGAAGAAGUAUAAAAAGAAAUUGAAAAGUAUAAAUUGAAAGAUAAUUAGGCUAGAGUAUCUGAAAAAGAAUAAACUCUUGAAAAACUGAAUGAGAUUCAGUAAAUGAUAAAACAAUUAUGUGAAAUAAGAAAUUAAUAAUUAGAAUAUUAAUUAAAUGAAAUACUUUCUGAAUUAAAUAUGAGAGAUGCGAAUCUAUUAGCAGAAGAAAUAGGAGACGUUAAAUCUGAAUUAGAAAAUUAUGAAAUGAAAAAAAGACCAAAAAAAGUUGCAGAGAAAAGAAAAACUCUAGAAAAGCUAAUAAAUGCUCAAUAAAUAUAUUUUGAAAUAUAAUACUCAAAUGGAGAUCCAUAAACUAUUUUAGAUUAGCUUUUUAAGUAACAUUUAGAAGAAAAAUUAAGAAUAGGUUUGCAAGAGCUAAAAUUAGAAGAUGUUGAUUCUAUAGAAAUAGUGAUAUAAGAAGUAAAAUCAGAAAUCAAAUAGCUGUUAUCUAAAAAAAAAUAAAAUUAGGCUUCUGAAAAAAAGUGUAACCUUGAAAAGCUUGAGAAUCUUUAAAACAUUGCAAAAGAAUUACAUUAAUUAGAUUAAUAGUUAUAAAUCGAUUAAAAGUCAAAAAAGAAACAAUAACUAGAACAAUAGCUGGAUUAAUUUAUGAAAGAACUUGAGUUAGAAGACGUUUAAUAAAUAGAAGAAGAAAUUUAAUAAAUAUUGGAAAAAAUAGAAAAAUAUUCAUAAAGAAAAGAAAAUUCCAAAGUUUCAUAAGAAGAAUAAACUUUAUCAAAGCUUAAAAAUUGCCAAUUAAUAUACUUAGACUUAUAGAAACUAAAUGAUGAGGCAAAUUUAAAUAAUAGUAAUUUAAAAGAAAUUAUUAAUUAAAAUUCAGAAAUGGAAUUAGAUUUUACCAAUUAAAUUUAUUAAUAGGAGGAUCCUAAUUAAAGAGAUAACUAAAUUUUGGAUUUGAAUACAAAAUUUAAUGUUAAAUAUUUAAAAUAAGAUGCUUCGCAAAUACCUUAUUCUAGCGAAAAACUACUAACUGAAAUGCUAAUAUUUUGUAUAGAAUUGUUAACUUCUAAUGGUAUUAAGAUUGCUGAUGAAUAUUAUUCUUAAGUCUUAAAUUUUCUAUUAGAAAUAGAAAAUAGAUUAAAGAUAGAAGAUUAGCUCGGUCCAGAAAUAUUAUAGUCAAUAUAGUGUUUAAAAUUAAGCAUAGAUCAUGAUAAUUUAAAAUAAUUUAUUGUUGAUACAGAAAAGCUGCUUAAAAAAAUUAGACCUUUAAAUGUAAAUGAAAUGAAUAGACUAAUUAAUGAAGCUAAUAAGGCAUCAAAUAUUAUGAAAGGAUAAGACAUUAUAUUAUUUUUAGGUAAUACUGGGGCAGGUAAAUCAACAACAGUUCAUUUUUUAUCUGGAUCAAGGAUGGUUAAAUUAAAAAGCGAAUUUAUAGAUUACAUUGGCCCAGACCCUAAUAAAAUAUUAAACAAGUCUCUUUAAAAAGUUAAAAUUGGAGUUUAAGCUUAAUCAGAAACACGUUACAUUACUCCUGUUUAAGUGCAUUAUUAAGAUGUUUAAAUGAAUUAAAAAGGACAUUUUAUACUUUGCGAUGUACCAGGAUUUGGAGAUACUGCUGGACCUGAAGUAGAUAUCGCAAACGGAAUCGGAAUAGUCGAGGCUAUUAAACAGUGCAAAAGUGUUAGACCUGUCAUUUUAUUAAGUUUCAAAAGCACUGGAGACAAAGGAUAAGGGAUAAAAGAUUUAGCUCACUUGCUUCUAGGGCUUAUUUAAAAUCCAGAUGAUAAUUUAAGUCUAUUUACUUACUUAUUUACAAAAUUUCCUCAAGAUGUUGACAUAAACAAGGAACUGAAAAAUAUCAAAAAAAGUAUAGAAGAAUCCUCAGAUAAAGCAUUUAUAAGUCUCUUUGAAGAUAUGAUUUAUUAAACUGAAAAAGGUUGCUGCAGAGUAGAACCAUUAACAAAUCAGCCUUAAGUUUUAUUAAAGUAAAUACUUAAAAAAUAAGGAGUUGAUGAUCCAAGUUAGAUCUUCAAAUUUUCAAUUACUUAAAACUCGUAAUCUGUAAUUUAGGAUUAAGCUUUAAAAACACAAUAAAUGAUUAUUUCAGCUGUAAGUAGAUGUGAAUAUGAAUUAAUAAAUUAUUAAUUAAAUAAAUUAAAAUUUUUAGUGGAUACUUUAAAUUAAAAUUCUAUUAAAUAAACUUAUGAAAAAUGCAAAAAGCUAAUCAUAGAUAAUUUUAAUACUUAUUACAACAAUGCUAUAUCGUAGCUUGAUUAAUCUAUUUAGAAUCAAAAUAAAUUGGAUAUUUAAUAUCUUUAUUAGUUUUAAGAUCUAGUAAAUAAAUCUAAAAAUUUAGAAUAGUUAAGAAGCUAGCAUUUAGGUAAUGAAGUUAUGUAAUACGAUUCUCUAAUAUAACAAUUAAAACUAUCAGUUUAAAAGAUGGCAAAUGUUUUUAAUUAAGAUGAUAAUAUAACCAAAUUUGCUUCAAAUAAUAUUGAUAACAUAAAACUUAUUUCUGAAAUCUUUCCUGAAAUAAAGUAGUAAUAUGGUAACUCUUGUUAAUUAAUAAUGAAAAAAAUUGAAAGCCUUCUUAUACUUUGCAAACAGACAAUAAAAAAUAAGAAUUACGAUUAACUUUCAAUGUAGCUUUCAUAAAUAAAAUCUUACCAAAUUGAAUUUAAAAACCAUCUGAAUGAAUAAAGUAUAAAUGAAGAAUUAAAUAAUGUGAAAAAACAAUUUUAUGAUAUUUUUGUUAAUAUUAUUGAAUAAUCAAACCACACGUUAGAAAAAAAAGAAUUAUAAAUAUAAGAUAUUGAUAACUUAAAUAGACAUUUUUAAGAUUUUGGAGAUGUUGAAAAAAAUUUGAAACUGAUUCAGCAUUUUUCAACUGACUAAAUCUCAAAGUAUAAAAAAAAUUUCAUUAAUAAUUUGGUAAAACAUUUUGAAAAAAUAAUCAAAUAAAUUGAAGAUACGCUUAAAUUAGAACCUGAGCAAGCAUUCUAAAAAUUAGAAAUUUUGGUUUAUUAAAUGAAAUAAUUUAGAUAAAUUAAUACAAUAGAUCAUUUGACUUCUGAUAAGUAUUAUAAAUCAAUCUAAGAUGUGGAAGGUUUAAUGUAAUCAAUAAAGAGGUAGAUAGAUUAAUACUUAAAUGAUUUCUAACAUGAUAAAAAAAAAGUAGAUUUUUAAAAAGUUUAUAGAUGCUUAAUUUAGUUAAAAUCUGCUGAGUGGAUGGAUGGUGUUCAAAAAGGAAUUUAUGAAUAAAAGAUUAAAGGUAUUACUGAUGAACUUUUCAAAUAUUCACAGUUUUAAAUAAUUACAAAAUUGGUAGAUUUAGAUUUAAGCUGUAAAAACUAUUAAAAUAUUUCUGUGGCAUCUGAGUUGCUUAUAGAAAUGGAAAGAAUGUAGGUCUUUGAAGAAUUUAAUAUUAAAUUAAAGGAAUUAAGAGAAACAGCUGAAAAAAAAUUUUCAAAUUCCAUCGAAAGUGUGUUUAAUUAGAUCAAGGAAUUAAUAAGCAAAUAUAAUAAAUUUUUAAAUUUAAGAAUGGAAGGUUCCUUCUUAAUUUAGCCUUAAAAUACUGAAACUUCAGAAGAAUAAGAAGAAGAGAAGGAGAAUAUAUAAAACAAAAUAAAUUCUUCAAAAUAUUGUUUGGCAAAUGAUAAUUAAAUACAAUAAAAAAAGAGUAUUAAAUGCUCAAAAUAAAUUAUCAAAAAUAAUAUUGUAAAAAUAAAAAGAGAAUCAAAAAGGUUUAUACAAAUUGAGCAUCAAAGUAAACUUAAGAAUAAAUAAAAUUUUUUCCCUAUUAAAAUUGAUAUGAACUAGAUUGAAGACUAUUUAGUUUAUAUCGAAAAUUGUUGCACAAGUAAAUGGAUAAGAUUAGAUGCAAACACUCUAAAAGAUAAACUAAAAUAAUUGUUGGUCUAAUAUGGAAAUUCUUUAAAAGUUCAAAUAUAAUAAUAUUUUUAAAUAAUCACAGAAGCAAAUGAAUAAAAUGAUAAUGAGAAGUCUUUGGCAUCUUAAAAGCUAGCUACAUAAGCUCAAGAGCUGAUGGAGCUAUAAAAUUAUAAAAUGACUUGCUAGCUAGUCUAAGGAGGAUAAAUACUUAAAGAUUUAAAAAAUUUAAUGCAAUAACAUUAUUUAGAACUGUAUGAUUAACUGAACUAGACUUCAUUAGAAAAAUAAUUUUAAGCGCAAAUAAUAAGGAUUAUAAAGUAACUAAUUCACACUGAAAAUAUCCUUGGCGAUAAUAAGUUUUAUAACCUUUAUAAGAAUCAGUAAAUUGAAAUAAAUAAUGAAUAUAAAGGAAUUUAUUAAAAAAUAAUAGAGUAAAUAGAACUAAAUUAAUAUUAAAAUGCAUCUUUUGAAUUGUUGUCAAUAGAUGAUAAAUCUGCUAAUGAAAAAGCUAUGAAAUAAAUAAGAUUAACGCUUGUAACCUCAGUAGAGCUGUUACUUGAUAAAGCUUAAGAUAAACAAUCGUAUCUUGAAAAUCAAAUUCAAAAAGAUUUGAUAAAUCAAAUUGUUUAAAUUAUUGAAUAAAUAAAAAAGGCAAAGUAAUGCUUGUAAGACUAUUUUGAAAAAGAAUUUUUAGAUAACGUAGAUAGAUAAGUUGAUUAAAUCAUUAUUGAUAUUUAAAAUAAAAUAGAGCAAUAUUUAGAGAGUAUGUCUGCUCAUGUAAAGCAAUUAGAUUUUUUUUAAGUAGAGGAAAAGAGAGAGCACAUAAUGUAGAUUAUAUUACUUCUGUCUCGCUAUAAUAGCUAAACAAAAGAAGAGAUAAACAAAAAGCUAAAUUAAUUGCAAAAAGAGCUCGAAGAAAAAGUAAAACAAAUUACUUAAAUCGAUUAUAAUGAUUAAAAUAAUUUAAUACAUAAACCUCCAAAAUUUAUCUUAGAAAAGCUCAGUAAAGUCUCAUCAAGAAAUAUUAAAUAUGCUGAAUGUUAUGAUAAAUUAAAUAAAAUUUUGAUAGAUAGAGUAAGCAAUAGUAUUCUGGAUUAUCAAAAUUCAAUAUAAUAAGAACAAAAUUAGAAAGAACUUAAAAUUUAAACUCUCAUAAAUUCUCUACCAGAUGAUUUAAAACUAUAAUCAUAAGAUUAAUUUAAUAGUGUGAAGCAAUUUAUUAAAUAAAAGAAUGAUGUUUUUGAAAAAGAUUUUAAAUAAGCAGAAAAAAGCAAAGACUUAGAUAAAAAAUUAAAGUUUAUGGAAUAAUGUAGCUAAGAAAAAAUGUUUUCAUUUUAAGAUAAAAUGAGCAAAUAAAUACAAUAAGAGUGCUAAAAGUAUUCUUCUUAACUAACAGAUUAUCUAGGUAAAAAUGAAAUUAAAGAAAGUAUUUAAUAAGCAAUUAAGUUGUUAGAGAAUAAAAAUAAAUUUUUAGAUUAUAAAAAGAAAUUUGGAGAAGAAAAAGAUAGAAUUGAAGAGUUCGAAAAAAUGUAUUCAGAACUUGAAAAAGCUAUUUCAUCCAAUUACGAAAGCGCUCGUAGGGCUAUCUAAUCGGAUAUAUCAAUGAGCUUUGAAAGUUUAAAGGCUAUUAAAACAAUAGAAGACUAGGAUUCCUACCAAAAAGAAUAUGAUAAGCUUUAAAGUUUCAUUAUAAAUCUUAAAGAUUAUGAAAAAUAUUUCCUUAUCAAUGAUUUCAAUACCAAAAUAAAAAGUUUAGGCUUUGAAAUUUAUAAUUUUUUUGAAAAAAUCUUUAAAAGUUUUAAUGAUAACUUAAAGGACAUGAAGAUCAAGAAAAUUAAAUAAGAUCUUUUACUUAUAAGUAAAUGGGAGAAUUUCAUAUAAAAAAUAGUUAUGGAUGUAAAAAAAUAAAAUAUUUUCACUGAAUAAUUCUUAAAUGACUAUUAAAUAACAUAAUUUAAAGAAAAAUAUCAUAGUUAUAAAGAUUGCAUAGAAAAAUUUAUAAAUUAGAUAUAAGAAGUAAAAUAAAAUGUAAUAAAUUUUAAGUUCUAAGAUGAUUAUUAAAUGCAUUCUUAACAUUAAGAACUGAAAAAAGAUGUUAAUAUUCUAAUACAAUUAAAAGAGGAAAAAAUAGAUUUUUAAAGUACUCAACUUGACUAUGAAUGCUAUGAAAAAGAGUGUCUCCCAAAAUUAAUAAGUAAAAUUGAAGAAUUUUAAAAAGAAAUAGAGAUAAUUUUGGAAAGCUAAGAGAAAUAAUUUUCAGAAAAUGAAUUCAAAAUGUUUAAUAAGUAUUAUGAUAAUUUGAAUUAAUUUAAUGAAAAUGUUAAAAAUUUAAAUAUUGAUAUUGAAUAUUACAAAAGGAGAAUCAGUUAAAAAUUAGAAUAAAAAAUAGAAAAUUUAUUUUAGAGCAUAGAUGUUACCUAAAUUGAUAGUGUUGCCAAAAGUUUGAUUUUGAUAAAGACUUACUCUGAAAAUAUACCUUCAUUUAAAAAGAAUUUUGAUUGUCGAUUAGAUAUUUGGAUCAAAAAUAUCUAUUUUAAUGAAUUUAAAGGAAUGAAAUUAGCUUAGCUCGUAACACAUUUAUAAAGAGAAAAAACUGGUAUAGGAAUAAUUAUAAUUGAAGAACACGAUAUAUUUAAACAAUAAUCCAUAUCUAUCUUUAAUAAGUAAGUAAAAGAGUAAGGAAUUAAAUAUGUUUUAGAAAACAUUAAAGGUGAAGAUCUGAAUAAAGAAAAAUUAGAUAAUGUUUACAAUAAAUUCUUAAAAUAAUAUGAAGAUAUCGUUUAAAAUAAUAUCAUUUGCAUAGAAAAUAAGAGUCAAUCUGAAAAGAUAGUUAUUGAAUCUUUAGCUUACAAAGUUAAAAGCUUUGCCAAAAAAAUAGAAUUAAAAAAUAAAUAGAUAAAAUGGGACAAUUCUGUAAGACAAAAUAUUCCAUCACUUAUGGCUCAUAUAUUUGCUUUAUGGACAUUUUUGAAUAUGGAAUAUUUCAAAGAGUUAACUCAUAUGGCAAAGGAAGAGAAAGAAACUUACUUAUUUUCACCUCAUGCAGGAUAAAUUAUAUCAAUAUUCCGUUUAUUAGGAUUGGGGUAUUAAACUGAUGGCUUAUAAAAUAAUUUUAUUUAAAUAGGAACUGGAGAAGGAAAAUCUAUUGUAUUAGCAGUUACUGCAAUAAUAUUUGCACUGCAUGAAGUUGAUGUAUAUUGUGCUUGCUAUAGCUAGUACCUUAGUGAAAGAGAUUAUGAAAGUUUUCUAAAAUUAUUUAAUAUUUUAGGGGUUAUACAAAAUAUAAAGUAUGGAGCCUUUACUAAAAUAUGUGAACAUUUCAUAAAUCAAUAGGGAGAUAUUCGUUAGUUAACAGCGGAUUACAUAUGUAAUGGCUUUUCUGAAAAUAAGAAAAAGACUAAAAAAACAACGAAAAAUCCAAGCAUAUUAAUUAUUGAUGAGGUAGAUGUAUUCUUUACUAAGGAUUUUUAUGGAAGCAUGUAUAAUCCUGUAGCUCGUUUGCAAGAUGAAAAUAUUGUAAAGUUAGCUGAAUUUAUAUGGUAAUCAAGAAAAUAGCAUUUGUUUUUGGAAAAAAUUUAAUAAACAAAUUUUUACAAAUAAUGCAUAAAUAAAUUUAAAAAUUUGAGAACUAUUAUCGACGAAUGUCUAAAAGACAUGAUUUCAGAUUCUAAAAAUUUUUCUCAUGAUUAUUUGGUUCUAAAUGAUAGAAUUUGUUACAAGGAAUAAGAUAGAGUGUCUUUUGAUAUUAAUUAUGGCUAUAAAACUUUAUUUGCUUACUUUUAUGAACAAGAAAAGGGAUAAAUAAGUUUAAAAAGUUUGCAAGAAAAUACUUUUAUUUUAUUACGAUGUGGUAGUUUUUCCUACUCUGAAAUACCUUUUUAAUUUGAAAAUAUUAUUGGAGUAACAGGUACUUUAGAGACUUUGAAUGAUUUUGAAAAAAAUAUUGUCUAAAAGAUUUUUAAAAUAACAAAAAGCACAUUUAUUCCUAGUGUUUUUGGUAAAAAUAAACGUAAGUUUGCAUAGAAAGAUGAUACAUAUGUUGAGAGCGAAGAUGAUUACUUUAAGAUUCUGAGAGAAAAAAUUGAAAAAAGUUUAUAUAGAAAUGAAUAAAAAAGAGCUGUUUUAUUAUUCUUUGAAACAGAGUAAUAGCUUUUAAAAUUUUAUAAUUCUCCAGAAUUAAAUGAUUUAAAAUAUAAUAUCAAUAUUAUUACUGAAUAAAUUUCAAAUUAUAAUUAUGUAGAAAAAAUUAAAUAACUAAUUAAAAAGUCCACUAUCUAAGGUUAAAUAACUCUUUUAACUUCUUCAUUUGGUCGUGGUACUGAUUUCAAAUGUUCUGAUUAACAAGUUCUAGAUAAUGGCGGAGUUCAUGUUAUCUAAACUUUCUUCUCAAGUAAAAAAUCUGAGGAAAUCUAAAUUAUGGGAAGGUGUGCUAGGUAAGGAGCAGAAGGAUCCUAUAGCUUAGUACUUUUAGAUUCAGAUUUAGAAAAAAUAUUAGGAGCUGACUAUAGAAAAGCAAUAGAAUAGAUAAGAUAAAAUAAUAAUUUUUAUGAAGUUUUAGAUAAAAAACGAAAUGAAAUUGAGUGUUUAGAGUAUACUAACUACCAUAAAUAUAUUGAUUAAAUUAAAUAAAAGCACAUUGAAGGUUAACAAUAUAUUAAUUCCCUUGUUUCUUAAAAUGAAAAUUAAGUUUAAGAAUUCUUAUUAAAAAAUAAUAAAGGCUCUAAUGAUAUACAAAAUUUAAUCAGAAUACUAUGCUUAGUAGAUGGAACAAGUUCAAUGGGACUUGUGUUAAACAAAGUUAAAACUGAAAUAAGCGUUAUGCUUGAAAGGUCUUGUCAGAUAAUAAUAAAUAGCGAAAAAAACAUUCCUGAGGAUUGUUUUUAGAUAUAAUUUGCAGUUUAUAGGGAUUAUGACUAAAUGAAUGAAGGUAUUUUAUAAGUAUCUCCAUGGGAAUCAAAAGCAGAGAAUUUGAAGCAAUUUUUAGAAUAAAUAACGCCUAAAGGAGGAGAGGAUUAUGAAGAAGCUAUUGAAAUAGGAUUAUAACAUGCAAAUUAGGAAAAUUCAAAAUAUCCAUUAUCAGCUAUUAUUUUAAUUGCAGAUGCUCCUGCAAAAAGCUUAUCUUAAAUUAAGAAUUACAGAAAAAAAUAUGGUGGAGAAGAUUAUUGGAAAAAAACUAAAUUUUCAUAGAUAACUGAUUUUUAAGCGGAAAUUGAAAAAAUCAAAAAAGUUAAAAUACCUGUGCAUUGUUUCUACUUGAAUUAUGGAGCUAAGGAAAAUUUUACUUAAAUUUCGAGCUAGACUGGAGGAAAAUGUGAGAGCUUAGAUAUUAAUUCUUCCUAAGCUUCUUAGAAAUUGAUAUAGUUUGUUGUUGAACCCAUUCUUGUUAAUGUAGGAAAAUAAAAUGGAGUAGGAGAUUCUCUCUAUCAAAAAUAUUUAAAAAUAUACAGCAAAAGUUAUAUCAGAGUGAGUGAGUGA